UCUCUUACUGUGGGUUACUAGGUUAACGCCAUCUUUAAUCUGGUUGUCAAAGAGAGCUGAUCUUGACGGUUUAUAUUCGGUUAAACGAACCGAACAAAAGAUGUCAGCAGACCAGGCUAAAGUUCACUUGGAAACUAAAAAAUUCAGAGGAAGAGGAAAUAGGAGCAGAGGCAAUUUCCAAUCAAGAGGGAGGCGUGGCAUGAAGGGCCAAAUAUCAUUUGGUAGAGAAAAUUUCCAAGAUAAACCUUUGAAUGGCAUUGUUCCAUUAAGACGGGGCAUGGGGCGAAUGCAUCCAUAUAUGGAUCCUCGAGGACGUGGGGGAAUCAGAGGACGUGGGGGAAUCAGAGGACGACACCCAGGAUUUAUUCCACCCCCUCCACUAGAAAUGAUGGAACCCUUCACACCCCCACCUCCCCCACCUCUAAGGCGUGGGCGCCCUCACCCUCCAGGUCUCAUCGGCUUCAGAGGAAUUCCACACCCUUUCCGUGGCCGGGGAAUGUUGCCACCGCCACCACUGCCACCACCACCACCACCUCUACCACGGGGCCGUUUUCCACAUCCAAGAGGCUUUCCCAAUGGACGUGGUACUGCAGUACAUCCUCCGCCACCUGGCCGGGGCCAGAGAUGGCCUGGACCGCCAGGUGGCAGACGCUUUUAAAGAGACACACUCUUAACAUUGCAUAGCAGAGUGCUUUUAACACCGUUUUUAACUUUUCGGGAAGAAACUUUUUUUUUUUUUUUAACCCCCCUUUUUUAAUUUAUUUUUUUAAACUCCAAAAGAACUCCAUUAAAUACAGUUUUAAAUGAACAUUUCUCAUCAGCCCUCAUGCACUAAGUUGCAAAAUACACAAAUGCUUUUAUUUAUGACAACAUUUUUAAAUAUAUACGAAAGAUCUAUGGAUUUUGUUGCACAGUUGGACUGACAAAUUACAGAAAGUUCAAGUGUUAAUUAAAUGUAAGACUGUAUUGACUUAAGUGCAACAAGACUGCUUCCAAUUUUCUCUUUAUGUUACAGAUCCUCCAGUAUUUAAAAGCUGUAGAAAAUGUAACUAAUAUUGUUAUGUUUAGAUGUUAUUGCUAAAUUGUGAAGUUGGUAAUUUUGUUUUAGAUAAUUCAACAUUUCUGUAAUGUUUUAUUUUUAAGAAUGAGUUAUAUACUGUUAGGCUGAUUUGAUUCGCUAUUUAUACAUUACUUUUGUAACAUCCUCAUCCCCUUUACAAUAUAUAAUGCACAUGUUUAUAUAUUUGCAUUACCUCAGUAUUACAAAAUACAUUUAAGUGCUAGAAUUUUGAAGUUAAGUGACACAAAUAAAUGUACGUUUGUAAAAACAUAUUCAAUAUUGUAUAUUACCUCUGGAAUUUUAUUAUUCUGUUUUUUAUAAUGUGAGCAAAUUUUAACUUAAAGUUAAUGUGUGUUAUUGUUGCUCAUAUGUUUUUGUAUUAGUAUUGUAAAAAAAAAAAAAAAAAUACUGUAAAUUUUGUAUUCAGUUUUUUUUCCUUCAUUUUAUUCUGUGCUGAGGGCUGAAUAACAGACAGACAUACUGCAGCUGAGGCUUUGUAAAUUGUAAACCUUUUCAUUUCAAAGCCUAUAAACAACACUACAAUGAAAAUAUAAAAAAAUUAAAGUAUGAUGAACCAAAAA